AUGGUCUCGUUCCUCGCUCGGCUCACAGGUGCCGGUGGUCCCUCCAAUAAUGGCUCCGGUGACAAAGACAGUGGUCGCAAGACGCCUUCGAGCUCCCCGACCAAAUCGAUCCGCGCCAAUUCAAACCCCUCGAGCUCGUCUUCGAGUAGCAAGAGUUUCAUCCGCUUACCUAGAGCGAGUACCCGCCACCAAACACCGGCUCAGACCGCCGCAGUCCUAGCGGUUCCCGGUUCGCCUAGUCUGGCUUCGGCGAACCCGCUUCCUCCUCUUGACUUGCCAUCGGUCAACUUGCUCGAGGAUGAUGGGACGACGAUCCAUCAAGCCGCAUUAGCGACGGGGCUGCCUACCUCUCCAUUGGCGCCUAGGAUCUCGACGAGUGCAGCGGGGGUGCGAAGUAGUACCGAGACGACACCCUGGGUCAAACUCGACGACAGUGACGAGAAUGCUUCCGAACGCGCGACCUUGACCGAACAUGAUUCCCAUUCCGAUCUCCAACAACGAGACCUCACCCUGAACGUUGACGAUCAGAAGAGACUUCGUCGAGCGAUGUUGACCGUUGAAGACGUGAUCGUCCUCCUCAAGGAAUGCGGUGUCGUCAUUCGUGAACGAGGUUUGACCACAUUGGGCCUGUUCCGACCUUAUCGUAUUGGUGAAUCGAGGCUCAAGAUCGAUCGAUUGGCUUUGUUGUUUUACGCUUUCGCAUUGGAUCGAUCUUCGGUUCAUCGAGCUGCGGAUCAACCCAGGAACACGAAUGGUUUGUUCAGGGUCGGUGGGGGAAAGACUAAAGGGGCCAAGUUGGACGCGUUCAAGGAAGAGAUCAAGUAUGCGAAUGUGCAUGACGUGGUCGGCGUAUUGAAAUGGGUACGUUCUACAAAAUGCAUGCGGGACGGUCGAUAGAGCUGAUGGCUCCUUACUUGUGCUACGAUAGGGUCUUCGGCACCUCGUUUAUUCGACUUCGUUCGCGGGCAAACCCUCACCCCAACCCCUGGCCUGGUACGACAACUUUAUGCUCGCAUCCGAAGUCGCAAAACAUCCUACGACGGCCUUCUCGACCCUCUUACUACCUUCGCUCCCUCCGUCCUCACAAGAUCUGCUCACCGCGCUCCUCGAAGUCAUGCAAGCCGUCGCGGCCUUUACCGAACUCAACGCCAUGUCCGCCCAUCGUCUCUCUCGCCAACUCGGCAUCUAUCUCUUCGGUCUAGCGCCCCGUGGUAAAGCCUGGUCCGAUUGGUCCGAACUCUACACCACCUGGCAAAACGCCGGUAACGCCCUCGAGGGAUGUUUGAGAGCCUACGUUCGUUCGCAACCGGAUCUCCCGGAGAGAUUGAGGGAGUUGGUCGAGGCGUACCCUUCACCUCCUCCUAGGGUCGUCAAGAGUCAACUCAAGUCGGUCAUCAAGGUGGAGAUCGAGGUGAAGGCGGAGGUGUGGAGUAGGGUCAUGGCUGUUGAAGUUAAUGAUCAGAGGACCGGCCUCGUCGUCGCUUUGGGUACAGGUGGCGGUGCAGGUGGGCGACAGGCUUUGUCGACGGGUGGGAUCAAGAGGAGGGAUCCGGUCGAUAUUCUCGUGGACGCCUUCGAGGCCAUGCAUGAUCCGAAGUUGGAUGAUGUUGAGCAAGGCACCAAAGACGUAUGGAAGAUGAUCAUCGAAGAGGCGAAAAACGACGGCGAACCGAUCGCGAUCUUGUCGGACGAAACGAGGCGAGUGCUCGGAUUGAUCGGGCUCGAUCGUGGAUCGUCUACGUGGUCAACGCUUCCUUUGUCCGAUGACGCACGCCCUCAGCAUGGUCGUCAACGCUCCUAUUCGCACGGCUUUGAAUCCGUUUCUCCACUACCUCGAUUCGAUUUCUCGAACCUCACAACCCCCGUCUCCGGCAGUUUCCCUAAUCGCUCCGUCACCCAUUUAUCGCCUUCCCAACUCUCCGGAGCGCCAAACCGCUUCUCAAACCGCCCUUCGACGGCCCCUCAACAAGCUUCACGGAUCGUUACUCCGAACUGGAGCGAGUUCGCUUCCACCGGGUUCAGCGAUACCGUCCCUGCGAACGAGUUUGGGUUGGUCGAUUUGAGUGAAGGCACCGGCGAUGGUCUACGCGCCAAGACGACGGGUGGCAAGGCCAAGGACAGUCGAUCGUCAAUGGGGCAACGCACCCCCGUUAAGGCUUCUUCGCCCUCUCGUGUCCAUUCUUCUUCCACGUCCAUCAAGCCACUUCGAUCUUUGUUGAAUUUAUCACUCACCCAAAUCGAAGAUGACUUUGCCGACGUAUGGCUCGAGACCCUCUCGGACCCCGGGAUCUGCUCCUCCUGGCCCAGUUUCCUCAUCGCCGAACUUCAAACGGACCUCGUCAGCUCGCUCGAAACCAAGAUCGAUCAUCUUCUCAUCACCGAGAAAUUGAUCGAACUUCGACCGCUCUCAAGAACGACUAAUUCUUCAUCCUCCGCUUCGAUUAAAGGUAUUACUAGGUCCGUGUCGGUCGCUGAAUCUACACUUUCGAAGAGGUGGAGAAGGGCAAGUCAACUAUUCUCCGGAUCCGGAUCUGGAUUUGGAUCUGGAAGCGGGAAAGAUGGUGGAUCGACAAGUGGACAUUCUACUCCUACGGCGCCUUCUCCCGUGACCUCACCGAGACAAUCGAGAAUCUCGGUGGGGAAGAAAUCGAUGACGUCGCCUCAGCCGGAAACGAUCGUGGAGCAAGCGAGGGGGAACUCGGUCGAUUUGAAGGCGACAGCGAUGCUAGCGUCUGGCGCGACGACGACGACGGCGGCGGUGGUGGUUGUUGCUACGAGUCCGGAAAAGGAGCCGGCGCAAAGUUCGAUGGCAUCAGUUGACCCUGAAACGACCACGACGGUGGGGGAUCAAUUUCGACGAGUUCCCGAGGCGACCGGUGUCCCUGUCAAAGACACUGUGGAACCAACCCCUCCGACCAUUGAAGAACCUACCCUUACUGAUACCCAAGUCGAACCCAUCGUUGAGGCUGAGACGGUACCACCCGUCCUCACUCCUGCGCCUACUAUCGUCGUUGACGAAGCACCCGAACUCUCAGAGGAUCGCGCAAAAGUCGAGGUGACUUCUGAGCUACAACCUGAAGCGGAGGUAGUCGAGCCGCCUGCCCCAGCCGUUUCGGAAGAUCCGACCGCCGUUCUCCCACCCAGCACCGCCGACGACUCGAUUAUCGAGGCCCUCAAGAAACUUGGCGAUGCACCCAACGACGAAAACCCUGUCGUACCGGGUCUUCGCGCUGAAGAAGCGCUCGCACCUCACAACGGUUUGAACGCUGUUCAUGGCGAUCAGGCGGGAGAGCAGACCGAGGGACCGCAUUCCCAAAGCGUCGAGGAUCUUGAGGCUCCUGUUCCUCACCAACGCAGCAACCCCGCUCAUGACGAUCUAGAAGGUGGUCAGAUCGGCAAUCAGCAAGGGAACCCGAACCCUCAAUCGGUAUCGAGCCUCUCCGCGGUUCAUGAUGGAAGUGUCAACCCUACUCACGGUGAUCAUACAGGACAAGAGAUCGGUGUCGCUCGUCCUGCUUCGGUGGAAGGUGUCGACGUGGCUGCGUUGAGCGAUCGAAAGGCUGAGACUGUCUCGAAAACGGAAGCAACUACAUCACUUGUGUCCUCGGUCGCACUUCCGGCGGAAGGACCUGUGGUGAAUGAGCAGUCCGAAAUGGUUGAAAAAGAAGGUAAGUCAUGCGUCGGCGGGUCAAGUCGCUUCAGAACCCAGUAGACUGAUCCGCUUGUAUUGAUGACACAGCUGGAGUAGACUCUUCGAAUCCCUCCAGCUGCGGCGACUCGCUUAGCGUCCUCGAGUCCGAGGUGAUGCGCGUCCGUACGCUGUCUCAAGCUUCAAGCUCAACUAUCGGGGCCACCCCCUCGAAGGACUCAUCGCCCGGCUCGACGACGUCGAAGCGUUUCCUCGGCGGUAUGAGCGACAUGUUACGCCGCAAGACCUCAGCGGAGAAAGCACAAGCCAAGCUCGAAAAAGAGGAAGAGAAGAAGACCCAACGUGAACUACGUCAACUCAAGGAUGAAGAGAAGCUAAGCAAUUCGAACAGGAACAGGGAGACGAAGGUGCCUACGCCUGUGUCGUCCGUUCGUGCGAGGGUUUUGGAACUCGAGGCCGAGAGGGCCAAGGCGGAGGCGAGUGUCGAAUCGCCCAUUCGUCGUUCGAUCAGCGGGAGCUUCCCGGGUAUGACGAGGAGUGAGAGUGGUGGGAUGGCAUCGCCUCUAAGCUCUUCGCCCGAGUCGCCCACUCUGGCGCGUAGGUCGUUGAAGAUGCCUUCCAAGAUCGCGACCCUGGCCGAAGGAGCGAGCAUCGCCACCGUCGCUGGGGAUGCCGCAGCCGUCGCCGUCGCGAGUGGUGUCAGUGCCUCUCCCCAACCUCAGGAAUCUCAACACCUCGCCGUCAAAGCCCCCAAGACGCUCGACCAACUCCCUUCCCCACUUCCAUCCCCUACGCCCGUGCUCGAGGAGGAAUGCUCGACUCCACUUCUCGCGACGGACCCUACGCCGGAUUCGACAGCCGUCUUUGACCAUCAUCCUCCUCAGCUUGACUUUGGUGAAGUCGCUUCCCCUACCUCGCCUUCCUCGAUGAACGUCGCUCCUCCUACACCCAUCAAAGGGAACGACCCCUUCAUCGCCGAUUCGAACGGCACCCCUCGUGCCAAGCCGCCUCUUUUCGCAGGCCACAAAGAACCCUCAUUGGACGUCGAACCCGACUUAUCGAUCCUCCAACCCAGCCCAGCCACGACCGUCGAAGCGACCACUGCUGAAGAAGUUGAGCAGGACUCCCACUCGUUCGAUCACCCACCUGCGUCUCUACCCAGUAGUGCCUCGGAUUAUUCGAUCGCCGAGACCGCUACCUCGUUCAAGACGGCCGAUUCGGACGCUUUCUUCGAAACCUAG